AUGCCGAUGAUAUUGUUCGAUCAGAACUACGAUGGAAAUCAAGAGAAGAAACUAAAGCAAAUCAGGAUCACUCUAAAAGAACGAUUGGACACUUCAAAGACCCUUGACGAAGAGAUUCUACAGCUUAUCGAAGCUGACGAGGAAAUAUCUACCGAGAUCGAAGAAGCAGGAAAAUAUCGCGAGAGUGUACACGAAAUGAUUGUAAAUAUCGACAGUGUGCUCGAGGCCAAACCGAUUAAUGAAACUAUGUCUAUGAGUAUGAGCGAGUCACAGCAACUAUCUACACCAGGACAUUAUCAACCGACAAUAAAACAUGCAAAGUUGCCAAAACUUACUCUAAAACAAUUUGAUGGACAGCCAUGCGAAUGGCAAGCAUUUUGGGACAGUUUUAAGUGCGCAAUACAUGAGAAUCCGGGGUUAUCCGACGUGGAUAAAUUCAAUUACUUAAAAAGUUUACUGGAAAAGUCCGCAGCAGCCACGAUCGAGGGUUUAUCGUUGACAGAGAGUAACUAUGAAACUGCGAUUGAACUAUUACAGCAAAGAUUCGGAGACAAACAAGUUUUCAUUAGUAGCCAUAGUUUAUUAAUUAUGGAUAGUUUAUUAAAACUCACACAACUACGAUCAUCUACCGAUACUAAAGGAUUACGGCGUCUUUACGAUCAAAUCGAAGUACACGUGAGAGGGCUAAAAUCGUUAGACGUGCCAGACACGGAUUACGGAGCGUUGUUAUUACCGAUUUUAAUUGGCAAAAUACCCGACGAAAUACGCAUUUUACGCAACAUGACAGGCGAAACAUGGAAUUUGAAUACGUUACUUGAGAAUUUUCGCGAGGAAUUGGAAAACCGGGAAAGAUGCGAAGGAAUUCAAGCUUUAUCUUUUAGAGACGGUCGAAAUUCCAACGAACAACGAGGAGGGAGAAAAUAUUCGAACACGCCAUUUACGGCAGCAGCGCGGAUAAGACAACUAUUAACUGUUCGUUUUGUCAAAAAGAACAUACGUCAGCUAGUUGUUUUGUUGUUACGGAUAUCGAAGCAAGAAAACAGAUCUUACGAAAGCAAGGACGAUGUUUUUUGUGUCUCAAACGAAAUCAUAUCGCUCGGGAUUGCGAAUCAAGGUAUAUGUGCAAAUAUUGCUCGGGAAAGCAUCAUGUUAGUCUGUGUAAUAUAAAUUCGAGACAGUCCUUAGCAACAAAUUCGAGACAGUCCCUAGCAACGAGACAAGAAUUAAAUUCCAGACAGCAAUUAAGAAAUGUACAAGAUAGUCUAGAUAAAGAACAAACAACACAAUCAAUGGACACGAAAAACACAGGAAGCACGAAAGAGACCAGAAAUUAUCAGGUAUGUUUACAAGAUUCGGUCUUAUUACAAACAGCCAAGGCGAAAGUUGGCGUUGGAAACAAGAAGUUGACCACUGAGAUAAGAGUUAUUUUUUAUUCGGGCAGCCAGAGAAGUUAUUUAACGCAACGAGUGCGAAAUAAGUUGCAAUUGCCCACAGGAAGUACAGAGUCUUUACGAAUAAAAACAUUCGGGGAAUGCGAAACUGAACUAACUGCUUCUUGUGAGAUAGUGAACUUAGCAGUUGGGGACAUUACUGGUAGAACUAGAACACAAGUAGAAGGAUUUGUUGUGCCAGUGAUUUGUGCACCGCUAGGAAAUCAAGAAAUUGACCGAGCCCAAGUAGAGUACAAACAUUUGAGUGACUUAAACUUGGCCGAUAAUAAUGAAGGGGACGGUGUAGCAGAGAUAGAUUUAUUAAUCGGAGCGGAUCAAAUCGGUAAAUUUUUCACUGGCAAGAUAAGACGGGGGGAGAAUGCCAAUAGUCCAAUUGCAAGCGAAACAAUCCUGGGAUGGGUUUUGUCAGGCCCAAUGUCAUCAUCAAGAAAGAAAACUACUCUGUCUUCUGUGAACUUUGUUUCAACUCAUGUAUUGAGAGUAGGCUUAGCAGCCGAAUUGCCAAGUGUGGAGAAUGAAAAACAACCUGAGGAGUUAUUACAUCGUCUGUGGGAUUUAGAGUCAAUUGGUAUAACAGACAAAGAGACGGUGCAUGAGUCAUUUGAAAGAAAUGUAUCUUUUGAGAAGGGUAGAUAUCACGUUAAAUUACCCCUGAAAGAAAAACAUGAUAUUUUACCGGACAAUUAUGGUUUAAGUCUAGCACGACUAGACUCGCAAGUGAAACGUUUAAGGCAAGAACCCAGUCUAUUUGAGGAAUACAACCAGAUAUUUAAAGAGCAAUUAAGUCAAGGAAUUGUUGAAAAGGUUGAAGAUCCAAAUGAAGACUCAGUACCAGGCACUACACGCUAUCUCCCACACCAAGCAGUGGUACGAAAAGAUGCAACCACCACAAAGGUGCGAGUUGUUUACGAUGCCAGUGCGAAAGUUAAACCAAAGUGCCCAUCUCUGAAUGAUUGCGUUCACACUGGACCUUCCCUGGCUACAGAUAUUCUAAAGGUUCUUUUGGGUUUUCGAAGACGGAGAAUUGGAAUGGUUGCAGAUAUUGAGAAAGCUUUUCUCAAUGUUGCUAUUGAUGAGGAACAAAAGGACAUGAUGCGGUUCUUGUGGAUCGAUGACAUAAACAAGGACAAUCCAUAUGUAGAAGUCUACCGCUUCUGUAGGGUUAUUUUUGGCAUGAAAUGCUCUCCAUUUCUCCUGAAUGCAACAUUACGUCACCACAUUAUGAAUUACUAUUAUGAUGACCCUGGCUUUGCAGAAAGAAUUUUACGUUGAUGAUUGGUCAGGAGGAGGAGAAUCCACGGAUGAUGCAUAUACAAUGUAUCGGCAGAUGAAAUCUUGUUUCGCAGCUGGCAAUUUUAAUCUACGGAAAUGGGCUACCAAUAGUCCAGUAUUGAUGGAUCAGAUUCAGAAUGACGAGGAAGUAUUAAAGUCACUAACCACAGCAUUUGAACAACACCGGUGAAAGUUCAUAUGCUAAAGAGUCAAUUGGCGGUCUGGAAGAAACAGAAACUUCGAAGGAACAUAAGGUACUUGGGAUGAAUUGAGAUACUGACAGUGAUACUUUUGUUUUAAAGUUAACAAAAGUUGUUCAAUUUGCAAGAAAUUUAGAGCCAACAAAACGGAACGUUUUGAAGAUAGCAGCAAAACUCUUUGAUCCACUCGGACUUCUCUCGCCAGUUACUGUCUUGCUGAGAAUGCUUCUACAAGAAUUGUGUGCAGCUAAGUAUGAAUGGGAUGCAGUUAUAUCAGAAUCCAACCAGAAGUGCUGGAGAAAUGGAUUGAUGAUUUAGAGACGGUGAGUUCUAUAGUUGUACCUAGAUAUUACUUUUUGGAAGAGGAGAGGCAUCCUGAGAGUGUGACUCUUCACGGAUUUGGAGAUGCUUCCCAAAAGGCUUGUUGUGCUGUCAUUUAUAUAUGCUUGGAAACAGACAGUGGCUGCACAACAAAUCUAGUCGCCUCAAAAGUAGAGUCGCCCCAUUAGCACCAAUGUCUAUCCCUCGACUUGAGCUAAUUGCAGCAUUGAUGUUAGCACGUCUCAUAUCAGUUGUUAAAGAGACUCUAAGCAAAAUCUUUAACAUCAUGGAGACCACUUGUUGGACGGACAGCUCCACUGUCCUUCACUGAAUUAAGGGUAAAAAAGAUUAUAAACAAUUUGUACAAAACAGAAUCGACGAAAUUCUACGAUUAACUGAUUCGGAAACUUGGCGAUUUUGACCAGGUUUAGAAAACCCAGCGGAUAUUGGUUCUCGUGGACAGAAGGCCUCAGAACUAGCACAAAAUGAUUUAUGGUGGAAAGGCCCGCAAUGGUUAACACUUGAUCCCUCUGCAUACCCAGAUCCUGAGUUUGCACAAAGUGAUGUAGAACUCACCGACGAGUGCAUGAAAGAAUGUCGCGUUAAAUUACCUACCAAGGGGAAUACCACGGUGGUUAAUGUGGCAAAUGUUAGUGAAACACAUCCACCAGAAACAGUCGGUUCAACAAAACUCUCAGAGAUAAUAGACCACAAGUCUUACAGUAGCGUAACCAAGUUGUUUCGUGUUACAGCGUGGGUUAAGAGAUUCAUUAGAAAUCUCAAAACGAAGAAAGCCUGUGGUAAAAUUGAUCCAUUGUUAAAGCCAAGCACACUCACUAUUGAGGAAAUUAAUGAUGCAGAGAAAAUUUGGAUCAGAGAAAUACAGGAACAUGUGAAUAAACAGAAGAAUUACCAAGAUUUGACCAACCAACUCGGACUUUAUGCCGAUAAAGAUCAUUAUCAGAUGUAAAAAAAGAAUGGAGAAUGCAUCUUCUAACGUGGAAACAAGGGGUCCAAUUCUCUUGCCGAGAGAUACAGCAUUACUCAAUUGAUCGUGGAGUCCUGUCACAAGAAAGUCAACAAACAUGGAGGAAUAAAGGAGACACUAACAGAGUUGAGGAGUAAAUAUUGGAUUCCAAAAGGUCGUCAAUUGGUGAGAUACAUUCUUAAUCGAUGUGUGAAGUAGCUCUACAUUUGGAACUAGUACAUGACUUAUCAACUAUAGCCUUUAUUCGUUGUUUAAGACGUUUUAUAGCAAGGAGAGGAACUCCAGUACCCAUUACAUCGAAUAACGCUAAGACCUUUAAAAAGGCAGAUAAGGAACUUGCGGAAUUGUUCAAAGGUACGAAACUGGCAACUGUUAGGAUCAAAUGGAACUUCAUAUUGGAACGUGCCCCAUGGCGGGGUGGAUACUAUGAACGUAUGGUACAGCUAGUUAAGAGGAGUCUGCGUAAAAUACUCGGAAAUGCGAGAUUAACAUUUUAAGAGUUAACGACGGUGUUGACAGAAGUUGAGGGAUCACUCAAUUCUCGCCCAUUGACUUACAGUGCGUAUAUUCGGAAUUGUCUGACGGAGAACCAUUGACACCAUCACAUCUCGAAAUCGGAAGGCGGAUAUCAACAUUACCAGAUCCAGAGGAAUUUAGUGACAGUGAGGAAGAUAGUAAUGCAGUUGUACGGAGACAACGAUACUUGAGUCAAUUGUUGCAGCACUUCUGGAAGAGAUAGAAGAAGGAGUACUCAGCUGACCUACGGGAAUUUCAUCGAAAUACUACAUAUACCAACAAUACGGUUCGGGAAGUAGAAGUUGGGGAAGUAGUUCUUGUGCAAGGAGAAUAUCUACCUAGGAGUCAAUGGAAGAUCGGUAGAGUUGAAGCUUUGCUUAAAAGUAAAGACGGUGAAGUACGAGGUGUAAAGUUACGAGCGUUGAAUAAGAAAGGGAAGCCAAUCGUAUUACGACGUCCAAUUCAAAAGCUUGUGCCAUUAGAGAUCAAGGAAGAAAGAAAAAACGAGGACAGCAAGGAUCCAAAAGACGAUGCAGACAUUCAGAACGAAGUAAAACCAACAAGACAAAGGAGAAUAGCGGCAGCAAACGCAGACUUGAAAAGACAGUCCAUGAUUGACCAGUUGUGA